AGAGAGCGAGAGAGAGCUAGCUAAUGUUGCAGUCAGGCAGAAACAGUGGCCAUGAGCAGAGGAUUUGGCUGCUGGAGAUAAAGAGUAGAAGCUAAUUCGAUCUCCUCUUGCUUGGACUACAUUCAUUUUUCAGCCUCUCCAUAAAAAAAGGACUCUACUUUCAACAUGGACGUCCGUUUCUGACCAUUUUGGACUUUUUUCCCCUUUCCUGUGACCGUUCUUCCCCUGGCUGGAGCUCUUUGAGAGAGAGGCACACUCCACACCAUGGCAGAGUAUUAAAGGUGAGUGGGAGGUGAAUUGGUGAUGGCCAGGUGGCUACAGUCUACAGUCCAUCUCUGACCUGUGAUGGAGAAAAGGUGAUCCGGUUCCUUCACGCCUGAGGAAGAACACACAAAGAAAAUGGGAAAUUCGUACGCAGGCCAGCUGAAGUCUGCUCGCUUUGAGGAGGCGCUCCAUAACUCCAUUGAGGCGUCGCUGCGCUCCAGCACUGGUGACCCACAGCCCAUUUUCACACAGUUUUACCUGGAGCCUGACCAGUACCCCACCAACCUGGACGACAUUAAGUCCAAAAUGGACUUGAGCCUCAGGUCAGAUCCUGCCGGUCAUGUACUGAUGAACUGCCAGUCGUCCAAUGGCCUCGAGGACAUGGAUGAUGAUGAUGAAUCGGAUACCAGCAGCCCACCACUGCCUUACCUGCAGGGCCCACCGCCUGACGGCUGCUGCACAGUAGAUGGUUUCUGUCAGGCGGGGAAAGACCUCCGGCUGGUUUCCAUGGCGACAGAAUCCAUCGAGGUCCCGGCCGGGUUUGAGCUGGUGGGAGCCAAAUCCCCCAGCAUCCCCGAGCACAUCCUGGUGUGCGCUGUAGACAAGCGCUUCCUGCCGGACGAGAAUGGGAAAAAUGCACUUUUGGGGUUUUCAGGGAGCUGUGUGGGCUGUGGUGAGAAAGGCUUCCGCUACUUCACUGAAUUCUCCAACCACAUCAACCUGAAGCUGAGCACGCAGCCCAAGAAGCAGAAGCACUUAAAGUACUACCUGGUGAAGAACUCUCAGGGCGCGCUGUGCAAAGGAGCACUCAUCUGCUGGAAAGACUGUAAGACGAGGCAGUUUUCUGGAGCGUCUUCAUCAAAGCCCACAUCCUCCUCAUCCUCACUGAGCAGCAAAGAGAACGGAGGGACAAACGGCCACAGUCCAUCCUCCCUCUCCCUCUCAGACUCCCCCCCAGCACGAGGUCAGUCCAGUUCAUCUUCAGGAAUAUUUGGGACUCCUGAACUGGGACGGGAAUGCAGCUUCAUAAAACCUCUGACCAACACGACACACACCACCAAGACUUUACCCAUAGUACCCACCGCUCUGAGAGUGAACGGCCUGACGAAUGGCCUGAGCGUGGAAGGACGACCCCCUCUGCUGAGCCCCACCCACAUAAACCCACUGGCCACGCCAACCCACGGCUACCAGCCAACCGAACAAGGGGACAGUCCAGCAUCCUCUGCCAUGUCGUCUGGCCCUCCUAAGAAGCGUCACCGCAGUUGGCACCCGUCCUCCGCUGUACCCGUCCCGGUGCCGGCCAUCCGCCCUCUGCCCUGUGGAUCAGGUUCUCUGCUGUCCUUAGCCAACCAGCCAGCCCUGUCAGUGUCAGGUGUCAUCCAGCCCCAGCCAAUCACGGCGGGAGAAACCGUCAUCAUCCCUGACAACCUGCUCAACAACUCCGGGGUCCGACCCGUCAUCCUCAUUGGUCAGGGAGCGUUGCCGUACUUCUUCGGUAAUGUGGGUGAUGUGAUGGUGAGCCCCCUGCUGGUCAGCUGUUAUAACUGCGCUCAGCUGAGUGAGAAGACUCUGCUCAGUUUGGGUCUCACGGUCAGUCAGCUGCCCUCCACAGAGACCCUCAUCUUACUGACCCUGCAGUACCUCGCACGCCUCGGUCCUGAGCAGAUCCCGCUGCGUGAGGAGUUUGAGCAGAUUGUGUUGAACGCUGUGCUCUGCGGACCCCCCGGACCACCCGUGUCUCCAGCUCAGCUGCCCUGGCUGGCCCGCCUGGAGGCCAGCGUGUCGGGGGGAAGCGUGCAGGUGCUGGUCACUCAGGGGUCUCUGGGGGAGGGCAUUUCAGAGACGCUGCGCUUGCUCAGCGAGACGGCCCCCCUGCAGCAGCAGAGACUGCCCAGCUAUGUCCUCAUCGUCCACACGGCCAGCAGCGGAGCCAGCGACUUCUGCGUCAUGGUGCUGGGUAAAUAUCAGUCCAGAGCGCUGGCGGAGGGCAUGCUGACCACCAACGAGUUUCUGAAGGAGAUCAGCUACGAGCUCAUCACGGGGAAGGUCUCAGUGCUGGCCGCUCACUUCAACAAGACUUCACUAGGUGAUGAUCUGGAGAAGGAGCUGGUCCGGUAUCAGAGGAGGAGGAAGCAGCAGGUGGUCCAGCCGUUUCUAUCUGACCUCAACGAAUAUGUCCACUGUGAGGAGGCCGCCACCAUGGUGCCGGACAUGGGGAGCGAGCUGCUGAAUGAGGUGUUUCAGAUUAACCCUCCUCAGCUGAGUGUAGCGCGGAGUCUGCUGUCUCUGGUGUGUGGAAUCGCAGACUCAGGCAGUCACAGUCUGGACCUCGGCCGAUUCUGUAAGGUCGACUUCCUGGUGCUGGUGCCUCCCUCACACGUGCUGCUGCAUCAGACGGCCCGCCGCAUCCACCAAUCAGGUGUGCUGGUGGAUCUGGGGAUGGAGGACGCCUCCUCAGCGCUGCAGAAAGCAGAGAAGUAUGUGGCUCGUCUGGACAAUGAGGUUCACAGCAGGAUGGAAGCCUUCAUGAGGAAAGUCAAACAGAACCCGUAUACGCUGUUCGUCCUCAUCCACGACAACUCACACAUCGACCUGACCAGUUCUAUGUCAGGCUCGGUCUCUCAUGGCGAGCUGCAGGGUCUGGCGGACCGGGUGGUGAACUGUGCGGAGGUUCUGGAGGCGGAGAACGUUCUGGUGCUGCAGGUCAGCUCCUUCCCCUUCACCCUGCAGAGCCACCAGUCACGCAUCAGCGUCCACAACGAGGUCCACUGGCCCAGCAACCACCACUCAACUCAGGGGGAGCUGUCUCCUAAAGACCUGGUGUACUUUGGGCUGAAGGACUACAGCCGCUCUCUGCAGUGGGGCGUGGCCAGCCCCAUUCUGCGCUCUGACGACGCCUUUGAGAGGAUGGUCAGCGCCCUGCUCGAGCGACAUCCUCAGUUACACAGCAUGGUGGUCCGCAGUUACCUGCUGAUUCAGCAGUAUACGGAGGCCCUGAUGGCUCUGACCGUGUGUCCAUCGCUGCGUGACCAUGUGACCCCUCAGACGCUGGUGAUGGUUGAGUGCGUGCUGCGGAGCGGGGGCCGCGGGGGGCGGGGCCACAUGCUGCUGGUGCGCGUGCCCUCUCUGCAGCUGGCGCGGCUGGCGCGGGAGCGUCUGGAGGAGGCGCAGGAGAGGCUGGGGCUGCAGUACAGGUUCGCCGUGCUGCUCGGAGGACCGGCGGCCAAAAUCAGCCUCGCCAAACACUUCUGCGCUCGACUGAGGGCGUGGCGUGGCUGUAAGAAUGAAGACUGGGUUCCCCUCACCUACGAAGAUUUGGAGGAUUUGCCCUGUAUCGUAAUCCUGACAGGGAAAGACCCUCUCGGAGAAACUUUCCCCAGGUCUCUGAAGUACUGCGACCUGCGUCUGAUUGACUCCAGCUACCAGACCCGCACGGCCCUGGAGCAGGAAGUGGGUGUGGCCUGCUCAUAUGUCACCCGCAGGGUGAUUCCUGAUGCCAUGGCAACCGCAGGCCGGGAGGAGGAGCGGAGAGAGGAAGAUGAAGACGAGGAAGACCGAAGUGCAGAGCCAGACGACCUGCAGAUGGAGCUGGAGAGACCGCCGAGCAACGGCAGCACCACCACCAGAGCGUCCGGCUCCCUCACAGAAAACAACGUCAGCUCCUCUGGUGUUCCUGACUCCUCCCACAAACCUUUCCCUUGCUCCGCCUCCUCCCAAACUGAAGCAGGCAGUAACAGUGUCUUCACAGACUCCAGCACCUCCCCUCACCACCUCAAACAGGAGUGUGACUCUCAAGGCCUCCCCACCUCCUCCUCCUCCUCAGCUCUUCCCUCGUUCUCCUCUUCAUCCUCCUCUUCUUCCUCCUCUUCCUCUUCCUCCUCCUCCUCCUCCUCCUCUGCCUCUCCCGGAGCUCAGAGACCCACCCAGUCCACCCAGACUGCCCGUAAGCUGCGGGUUUUCCCUCGGACGGUGGUGCUGUCUCAGGCUGCGUACAGACUGCUGGCCCCGGAGGCGGUGGGUCAUCCCAGCUCGGGCUCCCUCCUCCCCCACGGAGAUUUAGCCUGGUCCGUACCCCUCAGACCACCUGUACCGAACCACCUGGGCCCGAUCGAACAAUCACAGUACUAUCGGCAGUGGACGACCGCGCGGCCGCAACAUGCAGAUUAUAACGGACCUGGUACUGUCCAUCCCAGGAGGCUCCUGCUGAGUGGACCGCCGCAGGUGGGUAAGACAGGUGCGUACCUGCAGUUUCUGCGGAUCCUGUUCCGGAUGCUCAUCCGCCUGCUGGAGGUGGACGUGUACGACGAAGAGGAGAUAGAGGAGGAUGUAGUGGAGGAUCCUGAGGCUCCAGUGUCCAGUGGCCUGCAGUGGCCUGACCUGGAGGAUAUUCAGAAGAUGACCUUUGACCCCUGCCCUCGUGACGCCAAAUUCAGGCACUGCAGUGCGGUGUAUUCAGACAGGAGUGCACAGAGACUGAACGGUGUGAAGAGAGAGAAGUGUGAGGAGAGCGGAGAGAUGAAGAGGAACACAGUGUCCAUCAGGCUCAGCAAGUUCGCAGCCCACAAUGCAUUUCACCACUGCGAGCAGUGCCAUCAUUACAGUGAGCCUGGACCUGCCCGACCUCUGUCUGACUGCACUUUCCAUGCGUUCACCUUCUGCUCCUCGAUGCUGGGGGAGGAGGUGCAGCUCCACUUCGUCAUCCCGAAAAACAAAGAGCGGCAUUUCAUCUUUAGCCAGCAGGGGCGCCACCUGGAGAGCAUGAGGCUGCCUCUGAUCUCUGACCAGGAUUCAGACACACUGAAGAGUCCUAUCUUCACUCCCACCACGGGUCGUCAGGAACACGGCCUGUUGAACCUCUACCACGCCAUGGAGGGGGCAGAGCACCUGCACAUUCUGGUGGUCAAACAGCACGAAAUGCCCCUCUACAGGAAGUACUGGCCCAACCACAUCCUGCUGGUGCUGCCUGCCGUCUUCAACACCUCUGGAGUGGGUGCUGCGCGGUUCAUGAUAAAGGAGCUGUCGUAUCAUAACCUGGAGCUGGAGCGGAACAGGCUGGAGGAGCAGGGCGCGCGCCGGCAGGACGUCUGGCCCUUCAUUCUCAUCAUGGACGACUCCUGCGUCCUGUGGAACACGCACACAACCGGUCACCACGGCAACGGCUCUGAGGUGGUGAACGUCUCUCUGAAGUCAGUGCUCCUCCAUAUGGAGUGCAGUCCUAAGCUGAGUCAGUAUGCCAUGUGUGGAGUGCGGAGUUGGAGCAGUAAAACCCCGAGCGCUGGAGCCACGUUCAGCCGCUGCCACCUCCACGACUUCAUCCUGCUCAACGUCGACCUCACGCAGAACGUGCAGUACGACCUCAACCGGUACACGUGUGAGGAGGUGGACUUUAACCUGCGGGUGAACAGCAGUGGUCUCCUGCUGUGUCGCUUCAACCACUUCAGCAUCAUGAAGAAACACAUCACCACCGGCGGACAUAAAGCCAUGCUGAUCAAACCCAAACACGCGUCUAUGGAGAGCGUGUCCCCCCGUAUCCCCCCGUCUCAGUAUGUGUGCGCGCCGGACAGUGAGAACACCGUGCUGGACGCGCCGGCUCAGCUGCUGCUGGAGAAGUUCCUGCAGAGCUGCAGUCAGCACCUCUUCCCUCAGGCUUUCCAGAACUCCUCCAACCCCGUACUGGCUAUAGACAGCUACCUGGACCUCGGCCCUCAGGUGUGUGUGUGUUACGUGAGCUCCAGGCCGCACUCCAUUAAUCUGGACCACAGUGGGGUGGUCUUCAGUGGGCUGCUGCUGUACCUUUGUGACUCGUUUGUGGUGUCCGGACUUCUAAAGAAGUUUCGCUUCCUGAAAGGUGCGACGCUGUGCGUGGUUUCUCAGGACCGCAGCUCACUGCGCCAGACGAUCGUGCGCCUGGAGCUGGAGGACGAGUGGCAGUUCCGCCUUCGGGACGAGUUCCAGACGGCAAACUGCAGCGAGGAUCGACCCCUCUACCUCCUCACCGGACGGCAUAUUUGACGGAUAACUCGACGGCAAACUGACCCACCCUUCGCCAUUCCAACCAAGCAGGAGAUUCUGAUUCUUACGUGUUUACUGAAUUGCUAUCCAAGCUCCGCCCACAGACGUGUUCCUUCAUGGUUACUGUUGCUGGAUGAGAUGAUCAACAGCCAACCAUAUAUUCCAUUGUUUUCAAUGGAGCACCUACGAAAAAUUCUGCCAACGUCUAAGGCAGCGGCAGGGAACCACAGCGGUCAGCGGAACGUCCUGUCAAGUGCUCAGUUUUUUCCCAACUUUUGCCCUCAAGUGUGAUUUUUUUUUGGGAGAAACGGAGGCUGAACGUCUCUUUGUUGAAGCUUAGGGGCGUCCAGUAUUACAACAUGAUAUUAAAACAGAGCAUCGUCAUGACGUUUUUCCACCCUAAAUAAGAGCUGCAGCUGCUAAAGCUCUCCUCUAAUCAGCCCUUUACACCGGUAACGUUGUGCCUGUAGCAAUGUUAGCAUUGCCACACAUUAACACUGUCGUGUACCACAAUAACGCUUGGAACGAUAGUUUAUUCAGUGCCAGAUUGGUGGCAAAAAUACUGUUCAACCUAAAGAGAAACUGUAGCACACUACAGUUAAAUCAUUCCCAUAAUAUUAUUCCCAAUUUAACGUGCUAUGCUAGCUGGGUUAUGCUGGUGUGUCUGUUGUAAACAGGCAAGAAUUUGCCACCAUGCUAAAAGGGCGGAGCUUGGAUAAAGCAUUUGAUCAGAUGGGCCCACUGUGGAUCAGCCUGGACACCUUCACCCUACAUUGAGCAACAUUUAGCCAACGCUUGACCAACGAUUGUCCACCUGUGGAAAUGUUCAGCGUUAGCGCUAGUUGUUCAGGACGAGACGUGGUUUGUUGGACGUUUCUCUUCAUCACUCUUUCCCCAACACUCUAAACAGCCUCCCAUGAUGGACACACUACCUCGGACACACCUCGGAGCCAGAGAGACUCGGAAGGUCGCCUACAAAGUGAAGAUAACCACACCUUUAUUGCUUCAAGACACUGCAAGACAACAAAACUUUGACAGUGUUUCAUAACGACUUUGAGAAGAAGAUGUGAAGAUUGUACUUAUCGAUGAUUGUCGCUGUAUUACCCAAGAACAGACUUGUCUUUGUAAAUGAUUGUAAACCGGGGCCCCUUUUGUGGCCCCUCGUAUGUCCCCUAGUGGACAUACACCUUUUCUCAGGGUUUUUUUUUGUCAGAAGGCAAAAAAAGGACUUUGUUACUACUGCUGUUUGUAUUGCAUUGCUUUACCAACUAAACCUAUCAAGGACAAUUAACCCACAGAGCCAAGAGUUACACAACGCAAGCCAUAAGAUGUGCCCCAAUGACUGAAAUACCAGCGCAUCCUCCCUGUCCGACACAUUUAACCGCUGGACGCUGGGACGCAAACCUUCUGCCCAAGUAUCAUCACGUGCUGAUUAGUUUUUCAGACCAAACGCUGCUGAACCAGAACCAGAUAUUUCUUACAGUUUGAAGUUACAGCCAGGAAAUGUAGUGUUGAACUGGCUACAGUGCUAGACUAGCCACCGAGCGGAACCCCUCUCUGGCAGAAGAGGCUGCACUGGUCUUUUAUCGUUUCUUAAUGCCAAAAAAGAACCACUGCACAUUGUGCCUUUUCAAAAUGUGGCAUCAAAAAUCUACCAAUCCAGUCCUGAUAUGCACGAAUCCAGAUGCCGUUUGGUGACCCUGCCUUCAUAUCUGUGCACCACUGUAUGCAUCUGUCCUUUAAGAUGGUUCUUCAAGGGUUCUUUUGUAAAGGGAAUGCUUCUGUUUAGAAACAUGAGUUCUACCUAGAACCAUUUCAUGCUUUAAUGGUUCUUUGCUUGAAGAAUGUGUUGUAUAUGGUUCUAUAUAGCACCAAACAAGGUUCUUCUGUUGUUAUGAUGCCAAAUUGUAACAGAAGAACCCUUUAGGUGCUAUAAAGAACCAUUUUCAAAAUGGUUCUAUAGAGCACCAAAUAUAUAGGUUCUAUAAAGCACCAGACAAGGUUCUUCUAUUGUUAUGAUGCCAACUUGUAACAACAGCAGAACCCUUUUUGGUGCAAUAAAGAACCAUUUUCAAAAUGGUUCUAUAGAGCACCAAAUAUAUAGGUUCUAUAAAGCACCAGACAAGGUUCUUCUAAUUUUAUGACACCAACUUGUAACAACAGAAGAACCCUUUUCGGUGCUGUAAGGAACC